AUGAGAUCACAAUUGUCUAUUCCGUUCUCCGUUGACUUGUCAAAUGGGCUCGUCGAUUGCGGAGACUUUCCAUUAGGAAUUGACGCUGAAUUUGGUCGAAUCAAUGGUUCAAGAAUCAAGGUUCUACAAGGUAAAGUUGAAGUGAAUGGCGAGCCGCUUUGGAAGAAAAUGAGAUACGACGGAGAGAUUCUCCCGAAGGAGAUUGCGUUGAAGUUUCAACACUGCCUUGGAAAUAAGAAAAACAAUUCGGCCUGUCGGCUCAGUAAUACGCCUCGAAGAAUUGAAGGAGCGCUUGAAAUUGACGAUUUGACCGUUGAUAUGUCAGGAAAGAUUGUUUUAAUCAAUGUCUCCUGUGGCAACGACUACAUCCUCAAGCAGUCCAUACUACAAGUAAAAAAAGCCAAUUUCGCCGUUGGAUCGUUCUCAAAGACUGUCGAUUUGGAAAAUGGAACUGCAAUUCUCAAAGUAAACAAAAAUGAGCUCGGAGGAUUCUUUUCUUCACAUGGGAAGGAUAUAAAUGGCAGACAAAUCGCCUGCGAAAUGCAUCACAAACUGGAAAGUGGCGAUGUAGUGAAAACGUACGAUGUGACGAGUAAAUCAAAAGUGGAUUUCAAAUACUUAACGACUUAUGUCAAUCUUUUUACAGUGAAUUCAAUUGAUUAUAAUGGCACUAAUUAUUUCAAGAUUGUGGUUGCAAAUGGUUCUGGAGACAUUUCCUUGUCAUAUGAAACGACGAUAAAAUCGAGGAAGUAUUUUCGCUGCAAGGCAGGAGAAUUACACAACAGUACAACUGUCGACGUUUAUUUCCUUUCAAAACCCAACAUCUCCACAACGGCAAUGAAAGAAAAUGAUACUGUGGUAGAAGUGACGGUGAAAUGUGAUGUUACUUCCAAUCCCCUCGCAAGAUAUAAAUAUUAUGAAGGAAGAGACACGUUCCUGGUAGGGCUGGCAAAGGACACUUCCUCGUUUCAAUUGAAAAAAGUAAAAAACGGGAAUAUGUCAGUAUCCUGCAAGGCCUAUCUCUGGCCGGAGGACAAAUUCAAACAGGAGAAAAAGUCAGAUCUUCUUUUUUUGAGAUCGCCCGUCAUUACUGCUAAUUCUAAACAACCUAAACGAGGCAAAAUCGACCGAACAACAAUUGGAGUCUGUUGGCUUAUUUUUGGUGGGAUAAUAAUUCUCGGUGGAUUGAUGGCUUAUCGUCAGUACAAGGACUCUAUCCGUGAAGAUAGAAAUCUGCAAAGCGAUGAGCAUAAUAUUAUGCACAACAGAACCAAUGAUCUGAUUCUUGGCUCCCACAAUUGA